AUGGAAAAGACUCAGCAUCGUCGACCAAGGUCGGUCGCUGUGGUGGGAACGGGUAUGGCGGGCUUGACCACGGCACAUUUGUUACACCAGGACCAUGAGAAGCGCUAUCAAGUCACACUGCUCGAAAAGCGCGACCAAAUCUCCUUGAGCGCGGAGUCGAUCUCAGUUCCAUCCAAGGAUGAGAAAGCCCCAGCCAUUUGGGCUGAUGUGCCCAUGCGUGCAUUUGCGGGUGGUUUCUACCAGAAUCUGAUUCGCAUGUAUGACUACCUGGCCGUCAACUACCAUGCACAGCCAUUCCUCUUCAGCUUCACGAAAUUGCCAAAAUCCCAGGCCUCUGUGACGACAUCUUGCAUUCCGGGGCCACAGAUGGUUUAUGCAUCUAAUUUUCACCAGUUGCCACCGGUGCCGCGGACAGUGGACUUGAUUCAUUGGCUUGUUGAGGCCGUGUAUGCUGUGGUCUGCUAUGUCUGGUUCACUUUCUGUUGCUUUUUCAUCGCGCCUUAUGAAGAGGAUCAGAAGACUGGAGCCCCUAGUGAGACUCUAGAUCACUAUCUGCGCCGUAUCAGGCUUCCACAGACCUACGUGGUCAAUUAUCUGCUCCCUCUCAUCUCAAGCGUGUGCACCUGCUCACAUCAUGAGCUCCUGUGCUUUCCCGCUUCCGAUGUCCUGGCAUACAAGCGACAGACCCACCGCCAGCAACAUUUUGUCGUCACCUCCGGUGUUCAGUCUGUUCAACAGAAGCUUCUACAGGGCGUAGACGUACGCCUCGGCGUUAACUUGACUCAAGUCAACCCUCAAAAAGAAGGCGUCCAGAUCACAUACUCCACAGCAGAUGGACAGACAACAUCGGAACACUUUGAUCUGGUCGUUUUAGCCGUCUCCCCCGAUGUAGCAGCAUCGCUGUUCGCUCCAUUGGCUUCUCAACUCUCCGCUAUCCCAACAACAACAGUCGAAACCGUCGCCCACACCGACGAAACAAGCAUCAUCCCAAUGCUGCGGGCGACAUCGUCGCCAUCCCUUAAAAACCAAAAGCCCAAUCUCUGCUCCCAAGCACAACGCAUCCAUUUCUUCUCUAACGACUCCAUUACCGAAGCAGUACACGAACAGCCUAAUUCCAUCCUUGUCACUACAAACCCCCUCUUCCCUGUCGACAAGUCAAAAAUAAUCCGCUCAGCCAAUUUCACCCGCGUCCUCCGCAAUCCACGGAGUCGCAUGCUCAUCAACUCGAUCUUUCAAGAUCGCGGCCAGCGCAAGGUCUCCCCAGAUUCUUGGCGUAGUGGCGACGACGGGGUCUACCUAGCAGGCGGGUGGUGCUGGGACGGAAUGGUUCUGCUCGAGGGAUGCAUUGUGUCUGCGAUGCGGGUCGCUGCUGAUCUUGGUGUUUCGGUACCAUGGGACAGUGCCGAGUAA